GAAAGUCGGUGUUUCGCGCCGGCGUCACAAACACCGACACUAGUUUUCAACAAUGUAUCAGACAGUCGGAACAUGAAAGGCUUUUGCUGCAUUUGAUGUUGGAAGUCGGCUCGCGCGUCUCACGUGGAUAAAAGAAAACAGCGGAACUUGUUGCCGUUUACUCUUUGAUGAACAGGCGGAUGAAUCUGCGCCGCAGGAAGAAGCAAAGCCUCAAAAUGCGAGCGCGGAUUUCACAUCGCCGUUUGUGUAGGUGGAGACACCCGCGGACGCCGCUCCGUGCCUAAAAAACCCCACCAAAAGGCCCGGAUCUGGGAUCAAAAGUGGGGUUACUUCGAAGAACGCCUGGUUUUUCUCUGCAGGCGGAGGAGGAGGCAGCUGCUGGUGCGACAUGGGGGAGUUCAUCACUUCCAGCAGGGGAGACACAUGCAGGAUCUGGUGACCUGGACCAGGGCACCAUGGUGGGCUGAGGCGACCACAUCUGCUGCAGUGUGUCCAGCAUCGGCCCCCCAGUAAAAAUGCCGGUGUGGGAAGAAUGGUUCACUCUCUGGCUCGUUCCCGUUCUGAAGCGCUGGGCAGCAACAACAGCUACUGCUUGCUUGUCACCGGGAUUUUGAGCCUUUCCAAGAAGCUGCUGAUGGAGGACAUCUCAGCGGCCAAUGUUUCUGUGGGCUCCCGGUCUCCACCAGUGGCGAUCACCCCAACAGCUCAGGCCCAAGAUAUCCGCCAGAGCGUCAGCCUCCCCCUGCAGAUCUUCUUCAGUUUUGCGAUGAUCACCAUCUUGCUCGUGGCCCUUUCCGGGAAUGUGGUGGUGUGCCUGAUGGUGUACCAGCGCUCAGCCAUGCGCUCAGCCAUCAACAUUCUGCUGGCCAGCCUGGCGUUUGCCGACAUGAUGCUGGCUAUCCUGAACAUGCCGUUUGCUCUGGUCACGGUGGUGACCACGAACUGGAUUUUUGGAACCCUGUUCUGUCGCGUUUCAGCCAUGUUGUUUUGGUUGUUUGUGAUGGAGGGAGUGGCUGUUCUGCUUAUAAUAAGCAUCGAUCGUUUCCUCAUCAUUGUCCAGAAACAAGACAAACUCAGCCCACAACGAGCAAAGUGUCUCAUAGUGGUCACCUGGGGACUCUCUUUCAUCAUCUCCUUCCCUCUAUCGGUUGGUUUCCCCCCUCUGGAUACCCCUCCCAGGGCUCCCCAGUGUGUUUUUGGAUACAGCACUGAGCCUGGUUACCACGCCUAUGUACUGAUCCUCAUGUUGGCGUUCUUCUUCAUUCCGUUCUUGGUCAUGCUGUACACGUUCAUGGGGAUCCUGAACACCAUCCGGCACAACGCCAUCCGCAUCCACAGCCACCCGGAUGGCAUGUGUCUGAGCCAGGCCAGCAAACUGGGCCUGCUGAGCCUGCAGAGGCCUUUCCAGAUGAACAUCGACAUGAGCUUCAAGACCCGUGCCUUCACCACCAUCCUCAUCCUCUUCUCUGUCUUUACAGUGUGCUGGGCCCCCUUCACCGCGUACAGCCUGGUGACCAUCUUCAGCGAUGACUUCUACCACAAAAACAGUUUUUUUCAAAUCAGCACGUGGCUCCUGUGGUUAUGCUACCUCAAGUCAGCCCUCAACCCACUCAUUUACUACUGGCGGAUCAAAAAGUUCCGCGAUGCCUGCCUUGACCUGAUGCCCAAAUACUUCAAGUUUCUUCCUCAGCUACCAGGGAACACAAAGAGGCGCAUACAGCCCAGCGCUGUGUAUGUAUGUGGAGAGCAUCGGUCUGUGGUUUGAAGGGAGUUCCACUCUAACACUGUUAGCACACCGUGCUCCUCUGGGUUUCGGUUUUGGACUUCUCCGGGUGGUUCUUCAGGCUGAAUGUGGCACUACAUUUCAUUGGCGCAGGGUUCCAGAAAACAACUUUUAGAUCCAUUCUAAAAGCUGUAGUUUGAAUCCAGUGUGGCUUUUUUCUGGUUAUGGUCUAAAAUAAACCUUAAUGUUAUCACAAUCUGACAGAGAUUAAAUGUUAGACUUCCUAGCUAUUUGCUUGAUUCAAAAACAAUUGAUUAGAAUCAAAAGUUCUAAUACACUACUGGAGCCGUUUAUUCUGAAUUUUUUUCAGCCAAACAGAUCUGAGUCCAAGUAUUUCAAAGUGUUAAAAUGAAAAAUCACACAAUACUUAAAAAAAGAGGUUUAUUCAUUUUCAAAGAUUUAUUUACAUGGGGUGCCUUUAUUUUUAUUGUUGUUGUUUUUGCAGUUGUACAGUAAACACUGGAUUUUUUUAAGGAAACUCUCCUAAGUGAGAUUCAGAGUUUGACUGUCUUGGAUCUUGACUAGUGACGGUUCUGUUCAGUUGCUCCAAAAAAGCUUCAGGUCUGAACUUUAGCACGAUAUGUCAGUUCCUGCCAAAACAAAAGAAGAAGCAGUGCUGUAAAAGAUGGAUCUACACUUAAACCAAGUGACUGUUGUCUUGUGGGUGGUUCACCUUUUUGCCGUGGGGGUCUUUUAGAGUUUAACCCCCAAGGUCAACAGUCACUGUGUUCUCGGCUAAAACCCCAUCCUGUCCACACGGAAAGAUGUUUAGGUCAAAUGCAUCUGCUAACGUCUGGUUCUAUACGGAAUUUCAGGACAAGCCUCCUGGCCUUUACGAUGUAGCGUUCCAAUCAGUCUGAGUUACUGCUGUUGGCAAUCAGGGUUUGAAACAUAUUUUUAUAAGAACAUGGUCUAAGGGACAUCUGGACUAGCCUGGUCUUCUGCGUCAUCAGUCCACAUGCUGACUCGGCACAAAACAGUAACAACUUUGCAAUGCUUGGUGUAUGUUUGAUCCUAUUUUUUUAGAGGAUACUGGUGCACUCGAGCAGGAGCUGGCACGGCCUCUCCUUAGAGCGAUUUCUCCUGCCCACAGACCUUCUGUAAAGAUGGACACCUCUCCAUGGUCUCACAAAAACUUGCUUUCAAAGCUGCGCUAACAGGAUGGCAGUGGGUCAGCACUGGGGCGAGGGGCCGGCCCAGCCCGGUUCUGUCAGAGAAACGGUUACUUUGACUGCAGGCUGCUGUCCGACGGAUUCCUGACAUUAGUCUGUGUGCAGAGGAGUUGGGUAGUCCAUCUUUACAUGUGGUGUGUGGGACAUUCUUCUGCUUCUCUGAAUCUCAAGACCUUUAAAUCAAACUGAAGCCUUCUUAUCCUGUAAAGAAUUCAUUGAAGCCAUCAGAUCCAAAAACUGCAACCCAGUGCAGCUGCUGUCACAAGAAGAAGCCAUGAGGAGAUUUUUGCCAAAAUUCCCUCACAAUUUUAGCAAAAUGUUGAGACUAACUCCGAUAAAGAAUGAGAUCCAUAUUUAUGAUGCCAGGUUUUGUGUUUUAGAUUGAACCAGUACUUUCAUUAGACUGGAGUCAAUGAGUUCUUUUGUCAGUUUAGCAAAUUUACCUUCUUUUCUGAGAACAAUUUAAUGUUAUUUAUUGUCACAAAAACCUUUAAAUGGAAGCGGUGUUUUGGGGAAGAAAUAAUAACCGGUCAUGAAUCAUGACAUGCACUGAACGGCAGUGUGUGGGACUGAUUUCCUUAUUUUUUUCUUACUUGGGGCAGACUGUUGCCUCAUCUCUUGGUGAGCAGAUUUCAUAAAAAAACAUGUUAAGUUGUGUGAAUUCAGUUUUAAGGCAUGUAAAUCAACAGCUUAAGGUUGUGGGGAGGAAGGGGCCAUAACACUAUGAGCCUGUAUCUGUAAUUCAAUGUUUUGAUUGUGCCUAUGAAUUAGUUUAUUAUUCAGUCAGAAUGCUGCUACAUCUGGUGAAAUGUGCAAUUCAGUGUCUGUUCUGUUGCAUAUAAUAAAAACGUAGACAUUUCUUACAUUGGUAAA